AUGUUGCUUUAUUCAAUUAUACGUACUAUUGAUGGGAUGACGGAAAAUAUACAACAUAUCAGUCACUCUAUGGAUCUAUCACUGCAGUCAUUUUUGUCUAGCCAAUUUUUUAGUAAAGAUAGCGAUCAGGUCAAUAAUCUACUUAUUAUUGGAGCAGACUAUCAUGGUUCGGUUUCCCCCUGCGAAUUUGCUUUUCAUCCUACACUUUCGAACUGCAAUGAUAUGGAUAAAUCUCUUGACAGUGAUAAUAUAAAUUAUUUCAAAAAAAUAAUGAAUCUAUCUAUAGACUCCUUAUUUGAUGCCGAAAAUAAUCGAGUGUUUGAAAUCAAACAAAAUAGAGCAGAGAAUAUAGUAGGUUAUGAUAGUGCACAUAUUAAAAGAACAGAUCAAGAUUUAGUAGUUAAAAAAAGAAAUGAAAUUAAGAAUGAGAAUAAUUGUAACAUAUUGUUAGAGCCAUUUUGUUACGGCACAAAAAUGAUAAGUACAGAAUUGACAAAUCAUGAAGGAAAUAGCUAUACAAAUGACCUUAUUCUUGCAACGAAAAUUUUCAGUCCACUUCAGAGAUAUAGUAUUAAUAUAAAUGUCAAUAACCCAAAUAUUUCAUUUCGUUCAGAAAAGACAAUUUCAACUGAUGAAGCAUUCCAUAAUAAACUAUACGAGCUUGAACAGCCAGAAGAUAAUGAAUUUGAUUUAGAUUCAUUCAGGCUAAAUACACACUAUACAACACACUAUCUUUUUCAAAUAACAAGUAUUUUUUCGAUGGGUAUUUCAUUGCAUUCUCAAUAUAGACGAAAGUCAAAACAAAGGAAAUUGCAUUUUGUGAAGUAA